CAUGGCCGGGUCGACACUUUCUCAGUACAACACUCACUUGAUGCAACACUGCAACCGUUUAGCAUUCCAUUAGUGGUAAACUGAAUUAUUGGUGCAAAUAUGGAUGUUACUAUAAAUAAAUUAAUAUUAGAUGCGAACGGUAAAAUAAUAGAGGAUGAGUCUGGCGUUUUAUGCGAAGUGGAAAAUGAAGCAGGUGAUUCAAGCAUAAUUAUGGUGAAUAGGAAAGAAUUGUUUCAAGCUGGAUAUGAAAUUCCUGAAAAUAACUUUAAUUUGUGCGAGAGAGGAAUAGAAGAAUCUACAAGUUGUAGUGGAAACGACGAGUUAGAUGCAAGUACUAAAAGCAAUGUUGACGAAUGGUCAGAUGAAAGCACAAGAUUGUUAUUGGAUAAGUAUGCCGAUUAUUUGAAAUUAGUUGGUCCAAUGAAGAAAUUCAAAAAUAAGAAGAUAAUGUGGAUACAAAUUGCAAAAGACUUAGAAGCAGUUUUAGGUAUACAAAAGACGUAUAUCCUAUGUGAAAAUCGUUAUAAAACUAUCCUUAGAAGAAAACGUGUUAGCGACAAAAAUAAUUCGACUUCCGGAUCGAAAAGAGUUAAAGUAAGUUUUGAGAAUGAAAUUAAACAGAUUGCUUCCAAAGAUGACAGUAUAGAACCAAAAGUAUUACAAAGUGCAAAUAAGUUUGUAGUUAAUGUUAAAAGUAAGGUCAAAAGUUCGUCUGAAGCUGAAAUAUCCAAAAUAAUAAAAAAUAAAAAAACAAAAUCUAGUUUAAUUGAAACUCUAGUUGAGAUUCAUAAGGAAAAAGAAAAUAAAAAGCAAGAACGACAUGAAGAGAAAAUGAGACUGUUAAAAAGUUUCUUUGAAAAAGAAAAUAUUCAUAAGGAUUCCUAAGAUAUGUUAUGUGAUUAUAUUACACAUCAAACGAUAUUUUCUAUAUUAGUUUUCUAUGUUAUUUCUAAACAGAUAUAAAGAUACAGUAAUAUAUAAUCUA